AUGCUCGCCGUCAAGAGAUCUGAAAAAACCCCGACUUGUGCAGUCAAUGUGCUGCCUUGCCGCAUCCAACACAAUGGCCCCGUUCACGCAAGCACAAGACAUUGGACACCAGAGAUUACCUCCGAUGGCAAUCAAAACAGCACAGCGACAGCAUACUUCCGCGGCAGGAAAUUGAAUGGCAGAGUCUUGGACUUGCCUGAGGGGUACAGAGGCGCUAUACUCCAGAAAACAGAUACAAUCCUUCCCAACACUACAUCCACAGCACCAACAACGCUAGACCCUGAAGAACAACAAGAAGAAGAGCCAGCACCAGAAACAAAAGUCCUUCAAGAAGUUGCAACAUUCGAUAAGAUAACAGUGUAUGGCCAUGAGGUACAACCAGACGCUCAAGAAGACGUGUACAUAAAAGGCAUAAACGAGUGGAUCGGUUUGGCUGGUGCGGUAAGUCGCUUUCUGAGAGUCGAGUUUGCAGUGAAAAGGAAAGCAAGCUAA